AUGCAGCUCCAGCAAGCUCUCGUUACUGUCAACCUCCCUGUUGAUGACUACCAUAGAUGGCUUAUGCGCGUACAAGACGUAGCUGCAAGGCUAGAGAGACUUCCAGCUAUAACGCGUGGGAACAGCUCAUACCGCCCUAGAGCCCCCAAAGCAAGCAGGCACUGCGACGACGAUGGUGAUAUGGUUAUGACCGGCGCAGACGCCCUAGUGGACACUAGGUGCGACCUAUACGCCCUUAUCGACCAUAACCUAGCCUGUAAGCUCCGCCUGCCUAUAGUAGACCGCUCUAAGCAGGUACUAGGCAGCUUUAGCGAUAGUAUAGGUGCUACGAAAGCAACAGGCGUAGUUGUCUUUAACCUUAAGCUAUGCGGUUAUGACGAGAAGAUCUUUGCGUAUACUGUACGUGGCCUUAGCGACGACCUAUUCCUAGGGAAGCUAUGGAUGGAGAGGAACUGUAUCCUAUAUGAUGCUGCGGCACAGCGUAUACGGCAUAGGAGGGGUGGUGUAGACCUACGUCUGAAAGGCGAGGAAGAGCCAGAACGAGUACGCCAGAUCAGGACUGCCCGCUUGCUCCCAGGAGCCCCUUUUGCAACGCUCUAUAAGAGGAAGGCUCUUAUGAAGAAGACUGAGAAGGCAGACCUAAAGGCCCUCCUUCCGCCAGCUAUACUAGCUGAGUUCCGCAAGCUAUUCCAACCUGACGAAGCCGCCAACCUUCCACCGCAUCGCCCUAGGGUCGACCAUAGGAUUCCUAUCAAACAGGACGAAAGUGGUAAUAAAGUCGUACUACCAUGGGGUCCGCUCUAUAGCAUGUCAUGA